AUGGCUCUCCCAAAUCUCCGCCGCCUCUUUGUAGAGGCGCGAACAGAGGCAGAAGAAAACGAGUACUCACGCAAUGCCUUUUACAACCUGGUCCUGUUCAUUUCGUCCGUGGCCGUCUUCAGUCUCGUUGCACAGCGUAUGAGCGGCAACAAAACUAUCAAAUAA